AAGUGGUCCAUGAGUUUCUUUGGCAUAGUAGAGCUACUAAAUAUUUGGGUUAAAUUGUCAAAAUGACACAAAGUGUACAAUUUUUUCCUUUCAAAAACAACUUUCUAAGCAUGUUUCCAUGAAGAAAUAUGUUAAAACUACAUAAUUUUGAAACCAAGUAAACUAAAUACAUCUUUGAAUAUCAAUCUUGUUUAUCAAUUAGAAAUGGUUUUUUAGAUUUUGGGAUCUAGUUAAGCAGGUUAACUAAAUUGCAGGCGCGAAAAAAUCUUGUGGCUAUUUUUCAAUCCAUAGUGGAUGAUCGAAGGGAGCAGAGAAAGAACAACGCACCAACACCGAAGAAAGAUAUGAUGGAUGCUAUGAUGGAUAUUGAAGACGAGAAUGGAAGAAGAUUGAGUGAUGAGGACAUCAUUGAUACUCUAGUGAUGUAUCUAAAUGCUGGUCAUGAAUCUUCCGGCCACAUUACAAUGUGGGCAACCCUCUUUCUACAGGAGCACCCGGAAGUAUUUCAAAGAGCUAAGGCAGAGCAAGAAGCAAUUGUUAGGAAUAGGCCACCUACACAGAAGGGGUUGACACUCAAGGACGUACGGCAAAUGGAGUAUCUCUCUAAGGUGAUUGAUGAAACACUUCGAGUGGUAACAUUCUCAAGUUUUGUCUUCCGAGUGGCAAAAGCAGAUGUCAAUAUAAGUGGUUAGUUUAUACAACUGAAUUUUCUGUU